GAGAGGUCAACUGCCUGCAUAUUGUCCAGACUCUUCUCUGCUAGUCACCCGGGUCAUGGCGCUAGCUGGGAAAAAGCUGAGGGGCCUUGUAGCUGCGACCUUCACUCCAAUGACCAACGGAAAUGAUGUCAACCUCUCUGUCAUCCAGGAUUAUGUAGAUUUUCUGGUUCACAAACAAAAUGUUAAGAAUAUAUUUGUAAAUGGAACAACAGGAGAGGGAAUGUCACUGAGCAUACAUGAGAGGAAGCAGCUGGCUGAAGAAUGGGUGAAGCAUGCGAGAGGCAAAAUGCAUAAUGUGAUUGUGCAUGUUGGUUGUCUCAGCCUGGAGGACUCAAAGGAUCUUGCUGCUCACGCGGCUUCCUGUGGAGCUGGUGCAAUUAGCGCUGUGAGUCCUUGUUUUAUCAAGCCAUCCAGCCAAGAUGCCUUGGUCCAGUACCUUAAAGAAGUGGCCGCUGUUGCACCCAGUCUCCCCUUUUACUACUAUCACAUUCCGAGCCUAACUGGUUUGAAAUAUCCAGUGAGAGAUCUGGUGGGCAAGAUGCAGCAUCACAUCCCAUCAUUCCGAGGCGUUAAAUUUUCCGAUACUGACUUGAUGGACUUCAGCCUGUGCGUCCAGGAGUAUCAUCAGCAUGAUUUUCUCUACGGUGUAGAUGAGCAACUCUUAGGAGGUCUAGCGUUUGGUGCACAUGGGGCAGUAGGCAGUACCUACAACUACUUGGGUUCUACCACUAAUAAAAUGUUGGCGGCAUUUGAAAAGGGCGAUUUACAAAAAGCCCGGGAAAUUCAGUGUAAAGUACAGGAAUUUGUGGCCUUUGUUUUUGCCUUGGGCUGGGGUUUACCAGAUUUUAAACACAUAAUGUCUCUGGUAUCCGGAAUAGAUUUGGGCCCACCGCGUCCACCUCUGAUGGUGUGUUGGAAAGCGGAGCACCCUGAAAAUGUUAGAGCAGAGCUGAAGAGACUUGGUCUAAUGUGAAGAUGAUUAUAACAGUGGGCAA